AUGCUCGCCGCUAUCACAGUGCGACGCGGCGCAGUUACAGCAGCUGAGCCCGAGUCGCAGUUUCCGCGUCGUUCGGUGCGGCGUCCCUGCCGGCUGCUGCUGCUGCUGCGUGUUGCUCUCGCGCGCCGCCGUCGGUCGCCGUCGUGCUCAGCUGGCGAACUUUUCGCGCGGACGUCCGCACUGGCUCUGCGCCGCUCAGCGCCCCUCCACUCCCCAGCUGCUGACGUAUCGACCGCGACGCGCGCCGGCGCGCAGUCGCCGCACUGUGCUGCACAGCUGCCGCCUUACGACAUCCGACCCGCGAGGCGCUCGAGGAAAGGCGGAAACAAGGUCGCGGCUUACCUUUCCGGCGACUUCAUUAGAGGCAAAGCACAAACUACUGGAGCCAUCCGGACAGUAACCUCCGUUAAAGGAAACCCGAAGCCUUCAUAUCUUUGACUGCUGACAUCAUCGGCUGAAGGGCGAGGUUUAAGUGGUGGGUCCCACGAGGCGUGCACUGGUGUGG